AUGCGUAGAGCUCUUUGGCGCAAGCAUCUCCUAGGAGCGCUCCUUCCCUCAACCCAAGACCCUGCCCUUCAAAUACUCCAUGGAGCCUAUCCUUCUCCUACAAAGGGCGCUCCUGUCAUGGACCUCUACGGCAACGUUCUCGGUUUCGACAGGACCAUCCACCAGUACGGACCGAACUGGCGCAAGACUACUGGCUUACGUCUAAGGCGGAUAUCCAGAAUAGCUGCAUGCGGACACCCAAUGACAUUCGUUACCAAGAUCGGACAAACAAACAAGAUGUGCAUAGAGCUGGCAGAUCCGGGGUGGACAACUGCUGAGCGGUUGUGGGCCAGCGCAUGGACGGGCUGUUCUAAGGGAGCGAACACAACCCCCUUUGGCAGCUUGUCGGAUGAAGGGCUGGAUGAUCGCGCUUGUGUGCCGGCCGAAUCUAAGCUCGUGGAGUUCUUUCAGGGGGUUUGAGCAUCUGUACAUACUGGACGAGAAUGG